AUGCAUCAGAGGGACCUCCUUGAGGAGAUACAGGAUGAUGGCAUUAAUCUAGAAAAGGCCGUUGAGGGCCACAGCAAUCUUCUCCACCUAGAUGCUGUGGGUGACAAUCAGUGUGGAUGCAGUGAAUGUGAAGAAGAUGUCAGUGAGACAUCAAAUCUUCAGCAACAUGAGGCAUCCCAGAACGAGAAAGCCCACAAAUGUCCCAAAUGUUACACGGGCUUCAGGUGGUGCUUUAAUUUAAUUAAACACCAGAGAACCCAGACAAGUGAGAAGCCCUUCAUGUGCAGUGAGUGUGGGAACUUCAGGGUGAGGUCCCACCUUAUCUCUCACAGAAGAAUGCACACAGGAGAAAAGCCCUACCCUUGUCUCUAUAGGAAAAGCUUCAGCCAAAACUCUCACCUUCGAGAUCACCAGAGAGUCUACACUGGCAAGAGGCCCUUCAAAUGUAUGCAGUGUGGAAAAGGCUUUAGUGAUUUCUCAACACUCAUCCAGCACCAGCGAACCCACACGGGUGAGAAGCCCUAUGUGUGUUCCUGAUGUGAGAAGUGCUUCAAACAGAGUGCUCACACCAACAGACACCAGUGA